UUCUUCGACCAGCACUCCCCUUAUCAACCAAUCCCAUGUUCUCUGCCAGCGUUUAGCCAGAGCUAUCAUAGAGCUCUCCGGCUGAAAAGGUUUGUAAUGUUGUACGGGUUGGGUUGGUUGCCCAGCACGUAGAGGCGAAGUGGAAACCUUCCUGUAGAUGUAGAUGGUUUGAAGUUUGAUCAAGAGCCCAUACGUGGACGGGCCAUGUUAGCAGCCUGGGUGGGGCAAGGUAAGCAACCAACAAUUCCACGAAAGCAGGAAAUGGUUUGGUGAAAGGCUCACAAAACAAAAAGCGACAAAGCAAACCAACCAACAAGCCAAUUAUUAAACUAAAAACACAAUCAAAAAUGAUGAAAACACAGGUAAACACACAGCUUCUCGCUGCUAUCUCUUCUGAACAACAGCACAUCGAGCGAGCAACGCCAGGAUCUGUUUCAGUCCCCGGGCUGAAGUGCAUGAAGACCUUCAAUCCUUUGAUUACACCUGAAUUGAUGGAGAAUGCCUUGAAAACCAAAACUUUUGGUCGUUCCAAAGCUUUCUCGCCAAAUCUUUCCUUUGCCGUGGACAUGGUUGGAAGCCCCGCCACAGCUUUCCCUGAAACAUCAUACACUCAACAAGAGGUUGGGAACAUCCUUGAUAUUAAAGACCCAGUUACUUGGAAGCUUCUGAGUGCCCCUCACAUUAAAAAGAGGCACUUGUAUCUUCCCCCAGCCAUCGGAGGUGACCAACCAAGGCAACCAACCCCAUCACAAAGAAAUGCCACUUUCAUGAAGGGGCUUGAUGAUAUUGGUGUGAAGGCUGUUGAGGCUGCCCUUUCUGACACGAAGACUGAUAUCAAAGAAAUUGAUAUGCUAGUCACAGUUACCAGCACCGGUCUUGCCUUGCCAGGAGUGUCGGGGAUUCUGAUCCGAAAACUCCCCUUUCGCGGGGAUGUCUUGAGAAGUGACAUUGUUGGCAUGGGUUGCAAUGGAGGUGCUUCUGGACUCCGUGCCAUUGCUACCCAGUUGGGACACAUGGCCUCCAUUCGUGGAAAAGAAUGCAAGGCGCUGCUUCUUUGCUGUGAAGUGAACUCGGCAUACUUUGUGAAUAGGGAUGGCAACAUAGGAGAUGGUGUUGUCAAUUCACUCUUUGGUGAUGGUGAUGUUGCCAGCAUCCUCGCUGCCAGCCCAUUUGGCUCAAACUUUGCUAUCCCAGGGAGCCCAAGCUGUGUUUCAGCCGGAGCUGAUCCUAGACCUCCUAAGAUCUCACUUUUGGACUUCCAAAGCAUCACUAUCCCUGAGUACUUUGAGGACAUGAGUUACAACAUGGAUGAACAAAGCCAACUGCCAUUUUUCAAGCUGAGCAAACGCAUUCCAAUGGCUGUUGGCAACUCUGUUGAGAUUCCAGUCAGAGAACUCUUGGAUCGUCAUGGUCUGGCACCAGCAGAUGUUUGCCAAUGGGUUGUACACGGAGGCGGAAAGAGUGUCAUGCAGUUGGUUGCUAAGAACCUUGGUCUUGACCAUGACAAAGACCUUCGCCACACCAAGUCAGUUCUUCGGGACUAUGGCAACAUCUCUUCUGGUUCCUUUUUGGUCAGCCUUCAGCGUUUGUUGGCAGAGGCACAGGAAGACUUGGAUGUUCUACAGACAGGUGAUGUUGUCGCACUGAUUGCCAUGGGCCCCGGAGCCACUAUUGAGGUUAUCCUUGGUGUUGUAACCGCUGCUGCCAAAUAAAGAAUCUCUUCUCUCCACAUGGUUUCCCCCAGAGUAGGGAAUGUCAAAUUCUGAAAGAACAGGCAGUAUGACGGACUUUUCUCCGAUUUGUUUCACAUCCAAGUAAAAUGAAUAGAGACUAACUUUAGAAGAAAGGGAA